AUGGGUCACCUCAUCACCGUCGCGACCUCGCUCAACCAAUGGGCCUUAGAUUUCGAAGGGAAUCUUCACCGCAUCCUAGAGAGUAUCGGGAUCGCCAAAGAAAAGGGAGCUACUCUACGCGUUGGUCCUGAACUCGAGAUCACAGGCUACGGCUGUAUGGACCAUUUCCUCGAAGGUGACACCUGCCUCCAUGCAUGGGAGGUGUUAGGAGUGAUUUUACAGUCGGAGGAGGCAAGGGAUAUUGUUUGCGAUAUCGGGAUGCCUGUCAUGCACAAGAACGUAAUCUACAACUGCCGUGUGGUUAUCCACAACGGCAAAAUUCUUCUUAUCCGCCCCAAGAUGUGGAUGGCUAAUGAUGGCAAUUACCGCGAGCUUCGGUGGUUCACACCUUGGAUGAAACACCGCCAAUAUGAGGAUCACUACGUGCCUCGCAUCAUCCACGCUAUUACCGGCCAGACCAAGGUACCUUUCGGAGACGCAGUGGUAAGUACCAUAGACACAUGUAUCGGCAUUGAAUUGUGCGAGGAGCUCUUCACUCCGGCAAGUCCACAUAUCCUCAUGGGCCUAGACGGCGUCGAGAUCUUCACAAACUCCAGCGGUAGCCACCACGAGCUUCGCAAGCUCUACCGCCGCAUCGAGCUGAUGAAGGAAGCCACGAUGAAGCUCGGAGGCAUAUAUCUCUAUGCGAACCAACAAGGCUGCGACGGCGAUCGUCUCUACUACGACGGCUGCGCUAUGAUCGUCGUAAACGGCCGGGUCGUCGCCCAGGGCUCGCAAUUCUCCCUCCAGGACGUCGAAGUGGUCACAGCGACGAUCGACAUCGAGGAUAUCCGCUCGCACCGCGCGACGAGUAGCCGGAGCAACCAGGCGGCUGGGGCGGAGCGCUACCAUCGCAUCGAGGUCGACUUCGCGUUAUCUGGGAUGAAGGGCGAUGAAAUCAAGGAUUUCAGCGAGCUCGUUGUCGCCCCGCUCCCUGAGGUGCGGUACCACCAGCCAGAGGAAGAAAUUGCACUGGGUCCAGCCUGUUGGUUGUGGGACUAUCUGCGCCGCUCCAGGACGCAGGGAUACUUCAUCCCGCUGAGCGGCGGCAUCGAUAGCUGCGCUACGUCCGUAAUCGUCUACUCGAUGUGCCGCCUCGUCGCUGAGGCGGCGCGCAAGGGCGACGAGCACGUCAUCGCCGACGCGCGGCGCAUCGCGGGCGAGGCCCCCGACUCGGACUACACGCCGACCGACCCGCGCGAGUUCGCGAACCGCAUCUUCCACACGUGCUACAUGGGUACGGAGAACUCGUCGCCCGAGACGCGCAAGCGCGCCAAGGACCUCGCGAACGCGAUCGGCUCGUACCACAUCGACCUGAACAUGGACGCGCUCGUCACGGCCGUGCGCGACCUGUUCGCGUACGUCACCGGGGUGAAGCCGAAGUUCAAGGUGCAUGGAGGCUCGGGCGCGGAGAACCUGGCGCUGCAGAACAUUCAGGCGCGGCUGAGGAUGGUCGUUGCGUACUUGUUCGCGCAGCUGAUGCCGUGGGUGCGGGGACGGCAGGGUGGGCUGCUCGUCCUCGGGAGUGCGAACGUCGAUGAGAGUUUGCGCGGAUACUUCACGAAAUACGACUGCUCAUCUGCUGACAUCAACCCGAUUGGUGCUAUCAGUAAGACGGACCUCAAGAAGUUCAUCGCUUAUGCACGGGGCGCAUUUGAGCUCCCUGUGCUCACCGAAUUCCUGGAGGCGGUGCCUACCGCCGAGCUCGAGCCGAUCACAGACAGCUAUGUCCAAGCGGAUGAGGUCGACAUGGGCAUGACCUACGACGAGCUCUCCGUCUUCGGACGGCUGCGGAAGGUCGAGAAAUGUGGUCCGUGGAGCAUGUUCACGAAGCUUGUGCAUGAGUGGGGCUCGUUCUUGUCUCCCCAGCAGGUCGCUGAGAAGGUCAAACAUUUCUUCUUCGAGUACGCGCGUAACAGGCACAAGAUGACAACGCUCACACCGUCAUAUCAUGCUGAGCAAUACAGCCCGGACGACAACCGUUUCGACCUCCGGCCCUUCUUGUACCCCUCGCGCUUCCCGUGGCAAUUCAAGAAGAUCGAUGAGGCGGCUGCCAGAUGGCCAGACCGCUCUAGUCUGAAACCAUCCGAUGCGAAGGACAAGAUCUCUGUCCUGCCUUAA